AUGUGGCCUGGUGACCUUACUAACGUCUACGGCAGACUCAAGACUCUCAAUACCACUUGGUUUUCUCCAGGCACCAAGCCCUUCAUUUAUCAAGAGGUGAUCGACUUGGGUGGGGAACCCAUUAAAGCCAGUGAAUAUUCUGAACUGGGAAGAGUGACAGAGUUCAAAUACAGUGCAAAACUGGGCACAGUCGUUCGUAAAUGGGAUAAAGAAAAGCUAAGCAAUCUCAAGAACUGGGGAGAGGGCUGGGGUUUC